CCUGUUCGUUAAUCCACUUGUUGAGGAGCUGAUCCGCAGCAGGAGGCGAAUUUAAAACUUCACCCAGAACAAUGUCCGCCUGACUCCGAGCAGCGAAGCCGCCUGUCGAGCACCAUGGUCGGCUGGAGAGAAGCCGGAGCCCUCGGUGCCUCCGCGGCUGUGGCGGGGGGCGUCGCGUACCUGAUCUGGAACUACGCGUCCUUCUCCGGGCAGAAGACGCCCGAAGCCCGGGCCGGAGGAGCAGGAGGAGGUGGUGGAGGAGGAGGAGGAGGAGAAGGAAAGGAGGGAGAUGACAAGAAGGAGGUGGAUGGAUCAAAGAGGAGGAGGAGGAAGGAGGAAGAGGAGGAGAUGAAGAUAACCGAGCAGAGUGUCUCUGCUGCAGCUGCUCCUCCGCCUGUUGCUGCGGCCAAACACCCAGAGCCACCCGAGUCCAGGCCGAGGGGGACCCAGGUUCUGGUUCUGGGUCUGGACGGAGCCGGUAAAACCAGUUUGCUGCACUGCCUGAGCACCGGCAGCCUGGAGCAGGACAUGCAGCCGACUCAGGGCUUCAACGCCGUGUCCAUCAACAGAGAGGACCUGCACAUCGAGUUCUUAGAGAUCGGCGGUAAAGAGGACCUGCGGCCGUACUGGCAGAAAUACAUGUCCAAGGCUCUGCUGCUGGUGUUCGUGGUCGACUCCUCCCACCCACAGCUCUUCCCAGUUGCUAAGGAACAUUUACACGCGCUGCUGACCUCUGACCCCUGCCUGCCGUUGAUGGUGCUGGCCAACAAACAGGAUCUCCCGGGCGCCUGCAGCAUCACCGACCUCCACGACGCUCUGUCGCUGUCCGAGAUCGGCGAGCGGAAGCUGUUCCUCAUCGGGACGCACGCGAGGAGGGGCGAGGCGCAGCUGAGCUCGGGGGUGCAGGACGCCCGGGACCUGAUCGUCCAGAUGGUCAGCGAGAGCAGAUAAGACACACGUCGGUUACAGCUCGCCUGUGGUCCUCACUUCAUCUUGUGUUUUCUUUGCACUUCUUCACUUUAUUGUUUCCACGACUCCAGCCUGGCUGAAAGUCUUUUUUAUUUAUUUGUGAGAAAAAUUAAAACGUCUUAUUUUGGUACGUUAGAGUAGGGAUUAAAGAAAACAUGCUUUUUAUUUCACAGUCACCGAAUCACCAGAUCUGAAGACUGUCAUCGUUUAAAACUCAUCUGUUAAAUUCAGUUUGUUCACGAUGAGACAAAAGCAUCAUCUGCUGCCUGCAGUGAUUUCCUCUAACACUAGAGUCUAAAGCUUCAUCACCAGCGACGAGCGAACAGUUAGUUCACAUCACAGUUUGUAUUUUACUUUGAGUGAAUGCAAACAAACACAUUAACACCACAGCUGUAAGAAACGGUUAUUUUUCUAAUCUCAUAAUCUACAGAAUAUUCAAUACCUCAACAUUGACUCCUUCAGACCUGGUGUUAACUUCUGUCCUGAGUGGCCUAAUCACAAGUGGUCAGCACCAGGUCCAGGUCUCCUGUCACUCAAGGUCACAGGAGACACAUUAAGGACAGAUCUUCACACCAGGUCUGAACGGAAUAAACAUAUCAGGCUCCGACACCGACUGAAUAUUACAUUAAUCUGCUCUUUGGGCAAAAUUGAAUCUGUGCUGUCGCCAACAUUUCAAAAGACAAAUCUGAAGAUAAACUGCAGUUGGCGGGGGGGGUGGAGACAUGAUGUCUGGAGCUGCAGACACAAUAAAUAUGAAAAUGUAGUAAUAUUAAUAUUUCAAAGCAUAAUUUCAUCAGGAAACCACAGUUUGUUUAAUGUCUUAAUGAAACAGAUGAUAAUAGGAGCAGGUAGAAGUUUUAUUGUGUUUUUAUGAACACUGGAGCGUCCGUGUUGGUUUACAUCUGUAAAAUCACUGACUUCUAAGAUACGACCUCAUUUCCAUGUUUGAACUUUGUCUUAAUUUUAAACAAAAAAAGGGAACUGACUUUUUUGAAAAGAGGAAUUAAACCACAGGUGUUUUGCUUCAAUUUUUUUUUGGGGGGGGGUUAAGCUUUAUGUGUUGUUGAUGUUCAGAGAGAAGUUACCACUCACAUUUUUACUCAUUAUCUUUGUCUUAUUACUAAUUUCAUUUGAUGAAAAUCAAAGUUGGAUUCUCUUUGGGAUAAAGCCUUCAUGUGAAACACUGUUUGAGGAAUGUAAAACUUUUUUAACAGCAUAUCCAAAGUUUUUCUUAAAACCAAACCAUGUCCAGUUGAAAGUAAAAAAGUUCAAAGUAUUGUGUGUGGAACGGUUCCUCCCAGUUUAAUGUAGUUUUUCUCAGAAGAGUUUUGGAAAGUUGCACAUUUUUCUGUUCUGCAGGUUUCCGAGCUCGUUCAGUUUUAUGCUUCAUAUAAAUCUCAGCUUUAAUUUGACUUCACUGUUUAAUGCUUCCUGCACAGUUCUGUUCUCAUAUACUUAAACAUAUAUACGAAAAUAUAUAUUCCAAUAAUAAAAGUUCAGAUAUUUUGUUAUCACUAAAUGACCGAAGCUGAAUAAUCAAUUCGCUUCGUCUUUACACUUAUAAUCGUUGCUCUGUGUUUUACGUACUUUUGAAACCCUAAACAUUUGCCACCAUGUGUUAAACUCCUUAUUUCUUCAUUAAUGUAAACCUUUUCAAAUUAAAACAGAGACUUGCUGCUUUAAUAUCAUGUCCAAUAUAUAUCUCUCUAUAUAUUUCAAACUGAACGUGGAGAAGCUCAGAACCUUGAAGAAAAAAAAUUGUGCAAUGCUCCAGACCCUUUCUCAUGUUUGUACUGCUUUUCACAUUUAAAUAAAAUAUUUCAAGUAAU